AGAUCAUUUAUUUGCUUUGGAAGGUGUCUGAAGUUACCCUGUAUUCCUGUCUGAGUUUUGAUGAGACCAGAAGAAAUUUCUACUGAAGAACAACUGUUAUUUUCUCUUUCCAUGUCAGAAAAUUCCACUGUACACGGAAUUACAUCCAUAUGCACCUGUUUGUCUCCUUUAUCCUGAGAGCAAUUGCUGUUUUUACCAAAGAUGCUGUUUUGUUUGCAGAUGAAACUAUGGACCACUGCCUAAUGUCAACGGUUGCUUGUAAGGCUGCUGUGGCAUUCUUCCAGUUCAGUAUUUUAGCCAAUUUCUUCUGGCUUCUUAUAGAAGGGAUAUACCUGCAAACGUUGCUUUUGCUGACCUUUGUUUCAGACAAGCAGUAUGUAUGGUGGUUCAUAUCUACUGGCUGGGGAGCUCCCACUGCUGUGAUGUUUGCUUGGGUCCUGACAAGAAUCCAUCGACAAAAUACUGGAUGUUGGGAUGAUGACGAUGAAAAUGGAGUGGUGUUAUGGAUCAUCAAAGGCCCUAUUCUGCUAACUGUAUUAAUUAACUUUAUUAUAUUUAUUAAUGUGAUUAGAAUUCUAGUCCAUAAAUUGAAAUCUCAAGAGGGAAGAGGGAGCCAUUUAAGCCACUUUGUGAGACUUGCUAAAUCUACAUUACUCUUAAUCCCCCUCUUUGGAGUGCACUACAUUGUAUUUGCAUUUUUCCCAGAAAGCACUGGUCUGGAAGCUCGCCUUUAUAUUGAGCUGGGCUUGGGUUCUUUUCAGGGUUUUGUUGUUGCUCUUCUAUAUUGCUUCUCAAAUGCAGAGGUUCAAAGUGAACUGAAGAAACAACUGUGCAAAUGGCAGUAUCAAGAAUACUUGAACUUUGUACACAAACAUGGGACUUUGUCCAGAGAAAACAGUCCAGUUAACUAUGUCACUCAGUUAUCACUGCUUGAAAAAAACAGUCCGAAAAGGAAAACAUCUGCGUACCAGAACGGUGUGACUUCUGUCUGAGCUUUUCUAGCAGGAUGAGUU